AUGUCUAAAGUCCGCCAUUUGGAAAGAGACGACGAGUUUGACAAUCUAAUCAAAGAAGCAGGGUCAAAACUGGUCGUGGUGGACUUCUUUGCCACAUGGUGUGGCCCAUGCAAGAUGAUUGGACCCCAGUUUGAGAACCUCAGCUCAAAAUACGAUAAUGUCGUGUUUGUGAAGAUUGACGUUGAUAAACUGGAGGGUAUCUCAACCAGAUACAACAUUAGUGCAAUGCCCACAUUCAUUGCUCUUAAGAAUGGUCAGAAAGUUGGCGAGGUUGUUGGGGCUAACAUCGGCACUGUUGAAGAACUUAUUAAUAAGAACAAGUAG